ACGCGGAAGUCCUGAAACCGGCAUGGGAGCUUUAGAGCUCUGCAUAUCCAUCUACAUGCAUAAUUGUCGUUUACUGAUUACUUCUUUUCGUUACCGAUGGCUGUUUGUUAACUACAGCCUGAUAGCUUAACGUCUAUUUGGUCUUUUUUUUUUCUUUCUUAGAAUAGUAGCUAGUUUCAUUAUGACAUAUAGAGCUUUGUAGUGAAUCCAGCUGGCCUUCUUGAACAUGCUGCUUUCUGAAACAGUCAAUCUCCUUUUUUCCCUGCUUUUUAUGUUAUCGAUUGGACAUGGCACCACCAAGGACGUCAAAGCGUUGUGUUCAACUUGCAAACAAAUAACUGAAAAUUUUAACAAGGGGUUCGAGAGAACCGCAAAUAAAAACUUCGGUGGUGGAAACACUGCGUGGGAAGAAAGGAAACUCUCCAAAUAUGAGACCAGUGAGAUUCGCCUGGUGGAGAUCGUGGAGGGCUUGUGUGACAGCAGCAACUUCGAGUGUAACCACAUGGUUGAAGAACACGAGGAGCACUUCGAGACCUGGUGGUUCAAGAGGAAAGCAAAGUACCCGGACCUGCAUCACUGGUUUUGUAUUGAAACUAUCAAAGUGUGCUGUCCCAAGGGAACAUUUGGACCAGACUGCAACUCCUGUGUAGGAGGCUCUGAGAGACCUUGCCAUGGCAACGGUAGAUGCGAUGGUGAUGGCACGAGGGGAGGAAACGGCAAGUGCUCUUGUGACGGCGGCUAUGAAGGCGAGUUUUGUCUGGACUGUGCUGAGAGGUAUUUCAGUGAGGAGAGGAAUGAUACCUUCUCUUUGUGCAAAGAGUGUCACCCGUCAUGCACAAAGUGCUCUGGAGGCACCGCACAGGACUGUGAGGAGUGCAAAGAUGGCUGGGAGGAAGACCAGGAAGGCUCGUGCAUUGACAUCGAUGAAUGCUCCAAAGAUCCCCCGCCGUGCGACAAUGCAGAAUACUGUCUCAACACAGACGGCUCGUAUUCUUGCAGUGUGUGUGACAGCAGGUGUUCAGGCUGCAAGGGUCCCGGGCCGGGUAAUUGCUCGGCUUGCUCCGAGGGUUAUGCUGACGAGGAGGGCACCUGCAAAGACGUGAAUGAGUGUGAGCAGACGGAAGCGGUGUGCACACAGGAGCACCAGGAGUGCGUCAACACAAGAGGCAGCUACAAGUGUCAAUGUGCCAGCGGCUUUGGAGAGCAGGAGGGACUCUGCGUCCAGCAGCCAGAAGCAGACGACAGUCAAGAACAGCCAGAGUCUGAUGCUGAGGUUCCUAAUGCUGCCCAGCAGCUAGCAGAACAUGAUGACCUGUGACAUGUUGCUGUAUUACCCAUCUCGGCCACCAGGGGUCAGUAACAGCUGAAGAUCUUUGUUGAGAAUCAUAUGGAAUACGCGGCACUUGUACUCGACUACUUGCACGUCCGUACGGGCAGUACACGGACAGCUGGUUACUGUGGAAACGGGACCAACAGGAUUUGCACUGCUGCCCUGGUUCAAGCGAGAACGUCUGGUUUUAUAGCUAUUACACCUUUUUCUUUUUGUGAAAUUAAAUAAAGUCAUAUAACGUCUGUGUC